GAGAGAGAGUGAGAGAUAGAGGGAGAAAGAGUGCGAGAGAGGGGAGGGGGGCAGUAGAAAAGGAAGGCGAAGCGACAGGGCAGAAAGAAGCGGAGAGAAGGCGAGACGGAAGGAGGAGAAAAAAGGAGGGAGGUAGAGAGGCACGCCGCGUGGACAACCGUACGCUCGUGUCUCUCUCUCGUUUCGUUUUGCUGCUUUCGUUCGCGCGAGAGCGCGGUGGAUGAGCUACGUUCGUUAGUGCCGGUUGAUGGUACGUCCUCGUGGUCCUGAACGACCUGAACCUCUACCCGCGUCGUUAAAAUUCAUAAUCCGCCGAGAGAAGAGGUCUGAGGUAGCCUCGGCGUUUUCUUGAGGAUCGCACGUGGUGUUGGUAGUGUCAGUGGAGGUGGAGGAGGUGCCGGCGCGCGGCAACUACGGCGGUCAAGGAGGAUCCUCAUCUUUGGGAAGCCUCUUCGUCGAGGAGGACGUCGUCCUCGUGUCGGCUCGAUAGCAACAUCCCGACGCAAUCAUGUAUAAGCUACUGGGAGGAUUGAGCAAGUAUCUGAAGCGGCAGGAGAUCAUCACGGACUCUGUGCUCUUUCGUUUGCAUAACCACUUCACCACGGUAUUACUGUUCACGUGUUCAUUGCUCGUCACGGCCACCCAAUACGUCGGUAACCCGAUCUCAUGCAUCGUCCAGGGUCUGCCUACUAAUCCCAUCAAUACUUACUGCUGGAUAACAUCCACGUUCACCAUGCCAGACGCGUUCAAUCGACAGGUCGGCUCGGAAGUGGCCCAUCCAGGAGUGUCCAACGACUUCGGAGAUGUCGAGGCAAGGAAAUACUACACGUACUAUCAGUGGGUCUGCUUCGUGCUGUUCUUCCAGGCGGUUCUGUGUUAUGUACCGCAAUGGCUGUGGGGUUUCUGGGAAGGCGGCCUGAUGCAAGCACUGGUCAUGGGAAUGAAUUGUGGUAUGGAUACCAAGGACAACAUAACAAAGAAGAAAAGUAUUCUCAUGGAUUACUUGAUGAUGCACAUAAGGAAUCACAACACGUACGUGUAUCGGUACUUCGCCUGCGAAAUUCUGUGCCUCGUCAAUAUAAUCGGUCAACUCUAUCUGAUGAACCGAUUCUUCGAUGGCGAAUUCCUCAGCUAUGGUCUGCGAGUACUACAGUUCUCGGAUACACCGCAAGAGGAACGAAUUGACCCCAUGGUCUAUGUGUUUCCCCGCGUUACCAAGUGUAUAUUCCACAAAUACGGAGCUUCGGGUACAAUACAACAGCACGAUUCUCUCUGCAUUCUGCCAUUAAAUAUCGUCAAUGAAAAGACAUACAUCUUCAUCUGGUUCUGGUUCUUCAUACUAGGCAUCAUGUUAGUUGCUCUGAUAAUAUAUCGAGCUCUGAUCAUUUUCGCUCCAAUGAUACGGCCGAGAGUACUACAUCUAUCAUCGAGACUAUUGCCCAUCGAAACUUGUCAGAGCGUUAGCAGAAAAGUCGACUUAGGCGACUGGUGGAUACUUUACAUUCUUUCGACCAACAUGGACUCGCUCCUCUAUAGGGAUUUCCUUAUGGAAUUUACGAAGAAGAUGGGUAAUACUAGCUCGAAGUCCGUGACCGCAUAAGCGUGAGAUCUUGGACGCACACCUUGCGCUGUAUGAUAAUUUAAUUAUUUAGUUCAAAUACACCGAUACACGGACUGACUCGCAUCUCGCGGCGCGUUCCUGCAAAUAUGUUUACACUAAGAUUUAUAAUAUAGUUAUAUUUUCAUAUAUCCA